AUGGCUCUCGCUGCUGAAAACGUUGACACCACUCAAGGUCUUCUUAACGUUAAUAUGAUGAAUGUCACCAAACUCAACUCUACCAACUACAUAACGUGGAGUCUUCAAGUUCACUCCCUCCUUGAUGGGUACGACCUUGCCGGCUACAUCGACGGUUCCAAACUCCCGCCAGAUCAGACACUCUCCACCAAUCCGCCAACACCGAAUCCAGCUUACUCGACCUGGCGGCGUCAAGACAAACUUAUCUAUAGUGGUCUCCUUGGCACACUCUCCCCAGCUCUUCAACCUCUGGUCUCCAAAACGAAAUCCGCUGCUGAGAUGUGGAAAACAAUUUCCUCCACCUAUGCCAAUCCAAGCUGGGGACAUCUUCAACAACUUCGGUUGCAGAUCAAACAAACCUCCAAAGGUGAGAAAACCAUUGAUGAGUAUAUGCAGACGCUGACGACACGUUUUGACCAGCUUGCUCUCCUUGGCAAGCCCCUUGCUCAUGAAGAACAACUUGAGUACAUCUUUGCUGGCUUACCCGAAGAUUAUAAGUCUGUCGUUGACCAAGUGGAAGGUCGUGACACUCCACCUUCUAUCAUUGAAGUCCACGAAAAGCUUAUCAACAAGGAAGCUAAACUCCUUGCUCUCUCCCUGUCCACACCGUCCCUUGGACCCGCCUCUGCUAAUGUUGCUACCUCUCGACAGAGAUCCACCACUGGGAAGCAACAAUCUCGUCAAUCUCAGCCCUGGCACAACAACAACAACAAUAAGCAGCAAUAUCAGUCAUCACGACCGGACAAUCGCAUGACCAGAGGUUAUCAGGGCAAGUGUCAACUCUGUGGCGUGUUUGGUCAUAGUGCCAAACGGUGUACUCAUCUCCAACAACCACACUCCUCUCAGUCUGGCAUUCUUCCUUCUCCAUUCCGUCCGUGGCAACCUCGGGCCAACCUUGUUGUUGCUUCACCUCCAUGGGUAAUGGACAGUGGGUCUACUCAUCAUCUCACAAGUGAUCUCCACAACUUGGCUUUGCAUCAACCCUACAAUGGCGAGGAUUCAGUUCUCAUUGGUGAUGGAUCCGGUCUCUCCAUCACCCACACUGGUGAAGGAUCUCAGCUCGGGGGUUCCGUUAAUCCAAGGCAGGAUUAG